AUGUUUCUACCCUUAAGACUAAAUGACCGCGAUCGCGAUAGGGACCGUGAGAGAAAACCAUCAUCUUCGUCCAUUUCAUCCAAAAGCAAACACCGCCAGCAACGCUCCUACGGUCUGUCUAGCCGCCCCUCAACCAAGGAACGCGAUCGUGACGCCCCGACGGCCCGCUCCUCAACCCCUUCCACCUCCGCUCCCACCUCUCGCAAAAAGCGUCGGUCCUCCAUGCCGGGAGUCGAUAGCGCCAGCCGUCCCGAAACGGCUUCUUUCCUCGAGUCGAGGACGAGCCUUCCGUACCCAAGCUUCUCCAAAGCUCACAGCAAAGAAGCGGUUGGGAAACCGGGCAUCCCUACGCCUGAUCCGACCGAUUUGACCGAGCAAAACAAGGAGAAUGCGAAUGGAGACCACCAUCGAGGUGACAAUCAUCAGGCUCCGCCAAGUCCACCGUUGACGAGUGUUGACCAGCAGUCUCGCAAAGGGAGCACGGUCGGUGAAAAGGAAGAGAAAGGCACGGAGGAGAAGCCAAAGGAUAGGAAGACUAAGAUUCGAAUCAGAGCUGAGUCGACUAGGUCAUCGUCAAGUUUGCGUUCGAAAAAGGAUGACAGUACCAAGUCCAACAAGACUGUGCGACCGGACACCCCUUCCAAGCGUUCAAACCAUGGCAAGGACAUACUCUAUCGAACAUCCAGCCGGAAUUCGUCGAAAUCCAAAAUCGUCGACGAAGUCGUACCACCCAAACGUCCCAAUAGUCAUGCCACUGUAUCCCCUCCACGAUCCCCAGCUACAGUGCGUGAAGUCGGUCUAGAAUCUACAAAUGGCUCCGAUGCCACUAUUGCGGCACAUCAACAGUCAGUCGGUUCCCGGAAGUCAAAGAGCCCUGAAAAACCGCCAUCACGAAACCAGACUCGCUCAUCGAUGUCUCACCGCCAGAGCGGUAGCCGUACACCAGUCGAUGCUGCUAUCGAAUAUGGAUGGCCUUCCUCUACAAACUCCGGCUAUGGCGCGCCCCCUCCACCCCCGCCCCCACCGGAAAUGCCCGUUUCUAUUCCACGGGUGGAUUAUCUACUUCAUAAUGGUGGGUUAGAUCACAGGGUGCCUAAAUCGUUAUUGCUGGGGGCCGACUACCCCGACUCGGUACCUCCUCAACCGUUCCAACCUCGAGUUGCAGCAGCCAGGGUAUUUGAUCCGUUCAGUCGUCUCCUUGAAGACUAUCACAGUGUUAUGGCGAAAAAUGGCUCUCUGGCUGUUGCCUCGGGAUAUCGGUCUGUGGCCCGUCGUCUGCUCGACCGCUUGGAGGCCGUUUUUGCCCGCGACAUUUCCUCAGAGUCAUGCCAUUGCUUAAUGUGUGACCAUGAAGACGUGGAAGAGCGCCAACCAGGGGUGAGUUGGGGUGAAGUCCUUGAAUUAGUCUCUGGUCGUCGGGAGUUGCCUAGUUGGCCACCUUUCAUAUUGACGGCGUCUGUCAGCAACGCGGAGGUGUCUGGAGAUGAGUAUAUUCCAAUGCAAAAGAUGGACAUAGAUAUUCCGGAAGAGUAUCGUGAGCAUUAUAUGCGACAGUCACGCAAGACGAAGGUCACCGUUGAUAGAUGGCUCAAUGAACAAGAUAGUCAGGCCACUAGCGCACCGGACGAGGUGGACGAUGAGACUCUAACCUUUGCCAUGCUGACACACCUUAGCUCUGAGGAGCGCCCUCUAUUCUGUGCGUUGCUGGGAAUAAAUUCCACUUCCCCCACUCCCCAGCCAGAAGGUCAAUCGCGGCCACGGCCGCCUGCACUCAUGUCGUCGUCAUUGGCCAUCCAGCGUCUUUAUCGGCUGCCAUCGUCGCCCCGAGACCCUGAAGCUGCUAUCUACAUGUUGAAUAACCCGGACAUGCACCAUGUACUGUCGACUCUUGCGGCUAUCAGUGACGAUGAGUGGGACAUAUUGAUUUCGGGCCGCUUCGAUGGCUUUCUACGAAGCGGUGCAGAGGAUUCUUUCCCUUCCGCACAAGGAAUUACCCCUCCCCGUUGGGGCAACAGCCGAUCGAAUACUCCUUUUACCACAGGGGGCAUCUCUCGGGGUCCAACGCCUAAUACUAUGGAUGGUAACUUACGUUCAGCCAGUCAACCCUAUGGCAGGAAUUCGCCUGCCUCCUUUGGUGGCCCCAUUGCACUUGACGAAGAGAUGGAGAUCGCGGCAUUGGCUGAAAUCGAACGGGACAUCUACCUGGGGAUGGAAGCGCUCGAAGAUGCAUUUGAAGCACUGCACUGCAAGGCCGAGACGGUCCGCCGAGCUCUUCGAGAACGGGGAGCGGGCUUGUCCGUUGCGAAUCAGAGUCGGCGCGGGUCACUGGUUGAAGCUCGCCUAGGCACACCGUCGUCGGCUCUGGGCCACGCAUGGGAAAGCGGAGAGGACGAUUUUCUCGAUGAUGACCGGUCUUUGGCGCCGGAUGACUCGGCUAGCAAUAUUAGCUCUAAUCGACGACGUCGACCCAAACGACGUACCGAACGACGGACGCCCGCUCCGGUUGAAGAGGAAGACGAGAACGAUGAGGCUUUACAUGAUAGCCGGCGUGAUUCUCGGAGUUCUCGGCGAAGGUGA